UGUCGUAGUUACUGGUAGCCUUUAGCAUACUAACUUUCUUAAUCAUUAACAUGGACUGAACGGACUAUGGUCGUUACUUUUCACAUGGCAGGGCGGUGGAAAAGUUAUUUAAAUGACGGUUGCAUGUGUGGAAUUAGACCGUGUCGUCAGCUUCAUCGGAACAGUGAAAGGGGAGAGACUGUGAGCAGUGACCAUGAAGGCUGUUUCUCAGUCUGUUUUCACCAAGGCGAACAAACUGUCUUGGUUGCUCCUGACUCUGUUGAUAUCUUGGACAGUCUUAUGUUCAGCAGACUUAAAGCAGACAAGAUGGCCAUUAUACUCCCAGAAGCCAGUUCUUCUUGUCUGGAAUGCCCCAACGCAGGAUUGUACCCCAAGAUAUGGUGUAAGUUUGUCACUGGACCAGUUUGACGUUGUGGCAUCCCCCAAUGAGGGCUUUGUCCGGCAGAACCUAACUAUCUUCUAUAAAGAGCGUCUUGGGUUGUAUCCCUAUUAUGAGCGUGGUGGCACCGCAGUUAAUGGAGGUCUUCCACAGCUUGCCAGCCUCGCACAGCACUAUGAGAAGAUGCCUGAAGGUGUGCAGAAAUAUAUCCGGGAACCAGAGGCAAAAGGUUUGGCUGUGAUUGACUGGGAGGAGUGGAGACCAUUAUGGAUACGAAAUUGGGAAACUAAAGAUAUCUAUCGAAAAAAAUCUCGUGAACUGGUGGCAGCAAAGAACCCACAUUGGACCCCAGAACAAGUGGGUAAAGUUGCACAGCAGGAAUUUGAGCUGUCGGCUCGCAAAUUCAUGCUGGAAACCCUGAGACUUGCCAAAAAUUUGAGGCCAAAUCAACUGUGGGGGUUCUACCUGUUUCCAGAUUGUUACAACCAUGACUACAGAGGUGGUCUGAAGAACUACACAGGGCGCUGUCCUGCUGUAGAAAUUGCUCGCAAUGAUCAAUUGAACUGGUUAUGGAUGGAAUGUACGGCAUUCUUCCCAUCCAUAUACAUUGGCUCUGUGCUCAGCUCUACACAUUAUGGGCGCCUCUUUGUCCGAAAUAGGGUAAAGGAGGCGAUGCGCCUGGCAUCUGUUGGAGAUGGAUUGGCACGUCCUGUUUUUGUUUACACCCGGCCUACUUACAUCAGUCAGAUGAUUGUCCUAACUGAGAUGGAUCUGGUCUCCACCAUUGGUGAGAGUGUAGCACUUGGAGCUGCAGGUGUUGUAUUCUGGGGGGAUACCUCCUAUGCAAGCAGCCGUGCAAACUGUUUAAGCCUUGACAAAUAUCUUCAGGGAGCGCUGGGCCGGUACCUGCUCAAUGUGUCUACAGCUGCUGAACGGUGCAGCCAGGAAGUGUGUAAAUCCCACGGUCGCUGUCUACGCAAAGUACCGGACAGUGACGUGUACCUUCAUCUCAGCCCUUUAACACACAGCAUCACAAGCCAGGGCGGCCAGCUGAAGGUUACGGGCAGUCCUGGCCGAGCUGAGCUGGAUGUUUUUCGCACACAUUUCCAGUGCCAGUGCUACAGCGGGUACAGGGGUGAGGCCUGUGCAGAGAAAGAAAAAGGGCAGAAUAGAGGCUCCUCUGUCUUAGGGACCUGGCCUCUGUGCCUUUUACUCCCACUAGUACUCUUCACCCUGCUACACUGAGGAAACUGAGAAGUGAAACUAUUCAGUAUGUCUACCAACCAAGAGAAGGGCAGUCCAGAUUUUUCAGCAUGAAGGUAAUUAGUUUGUUUUCACUAAUGAUACUGAUUCAGUAACAGCAGCAGUGGGCAUAUCUGCCAGUAAGACAAAGAUUUUAUCCCAGUCCAGUGACCAGCUGCACUGGCAGAGCUCCAACCUCAGGAACUCCUCAUUGAACUAAUGCCCAUCCAUUUAUAUUGUAGCUGUAUAUUUUAUAUAAUUAACAGCAUUUUGUUGUAUUAAAUAAUAUUAAAAAUAAUAGUUUCAUCCAAAAGCCUGUUUCAUGCUCCAUACAGACCUUGACCUCCAGAAGGGGAGGUCUUUUUCACUCCACAUUUUUGAUUUAUUUAUAUUCCUGGUGGGCAGUAUGAUAGGAAACCAAGAUGUAAUAUCAGCAAAACUGGAAGAUAACUUGAUAACAAGCUUAAAAUAUACUUAACACAGAAAAAUGAAGGUGUUCUACACAUGCAGAUUACUACAAAAGUUCGUGUUUGUCAGUAGAUCAAGUAUUUAACGCUUGUGAAUUACACUAGUAUUUCAUUAUUAUUAUUAUUCCAGAAGAUGGAGCAAUAUGGUCUUGAAUAUUUUUGUUGUCAUUGGCUGAUAGAAACAUCAUGGCUGGACCUGCCUGUUUCAGUUCAUAACUGUGCCUUAACUAGACUACAAAGUGCAUUUUAUAUAUGGUGCUCUUGUUUACAGUUUUUUAAGGUGUUCAUCUCAGCCCCCUCCUGAGAACAGUGUUUGGUUUUUUUUAUGUUGUUUUAGUUCAUAGUUCUACUAUCUUGUACAGCAGUUUGUGUCAGCAUUUAUUCUGAGCUUAUAUGUAUUUCCUAGACUGAUGCCAGCUGAUUGUUUUCAUGUAUGUACAGUACUUUCUGUAUUUAUUCUCUAUGGCAAAGUAUUUAGCUACCUGAAAGCUGUUCUGGUACCAGUGUGCGAGUGAUCAGCUGUGCUGUUAUAGACAAACUGAAAAAUGGGAACUCACACAGAUUGUAUUGCAAUAGAUUAUUUUAUGUAUGCUGCAAACUUUAUCUAUUUUUGCACUUUAUCUGCUUAAUUGUUUAGGUGGAUCUGGCUUUAAUUCAUGUUUUUAAGAAGUGAACUGAUGGGUUGCAAUAAUGGGGCCUUUGUGUUUUAUUAUUAGUACAUGACAGUACGUUGCAGUGUUUUGAUUUUCUUUUCAAUUAAUGUGUCAUGUCAAAAACACGUUCCACUGUGAAUCUUUCCUAGAAGAAAUGAAUACCUAUCUCUUCCUUGCCUUUUAUUCUAGUUAAACAUUACAAUAAGGUGUUAUUUUUUGCUUUGUCUUAAUAUGUCGUUAGGUUUGUGUAAAGAAUCAACGAUGUAUUAUAAUCUGAUUUGGAAAAAACUGUCAGACUUGAAAUAUACAAAGACAAGAUGUCUUCCAUGUAUAAUCACAUUUCAUUGUUUCAACAUAUGAUGCCAAUGAUCUUUAAAGAAAUACCAAAAUGGUUUUAACAUUUCAAUGUAAUACUCUAAUCAGCCGUGACUGCUUUUCAUUGCUUACAGUGUGAAUAUCAACAUAAGAUUUUGAACUUGAGAGAAGUUUUGUAACUAUUAUAGGGAUUUUAUUGGAAUCAAACAUGAUUUCUGCUGUGUUAAAUAAACAAUGCAGUGUCUGCCUGGGGAGUGAAAUGAUCAGAAACCUUAAAGUAUGAAUUUGUAUUUUUAACUUAUGUAAUUACAUAACUUUGCUUUUGUACCACUCCAUGAAUUGAUUUUAGAAACAGCCUUGGCCUUCAUAAGGAAAUUACCUUAUUUUACAUACCUUAUUCUGCCUUAAUGUAUGGAUGCUUUGUUUGAAAACAGAUCAGAACAAAAAGUUUUGUAUUUCAAAACGUUUUCUUAUCAUCUUUCACACAAGAUGUUUAAUUAGGGGAAUUUUGAUUUAUUUUUUUCUGAGUAGAAUUAUUGUUUUCUGGGUACUGUAUCCUACAGGGAUUCCAUCCAUGUAAGAACUGUUGUAUUCUUUGUGGAAAAAUAUUAAAGAAUUUGAAAAUGUAAUGUUUGAAUCCACUGUUUUGCUUUUACAUUUUCGAAAUAAACUUAUUAGAAACAA